AUGACAACGUCAUCUUUAAAGGCGGAUGAAAAUUGUUCAGAUGGUGAUGAUAAUAAUCUUCAUUUAAUUAUUGAGUUUACUGGUGGUGCAGAGUUACUAUUUGAUAAAAAGAAGAUACAUCACGUUAAAUUACCGUUAUUCAUCUCUGAUAACAACAAGACAGACAAUAAUACGAAUAAUAAGAAACAAUGGACAAUUCGUACUCUACUUGUUUGGAUUCGUAAUAAUUUACUGAAAGAACGUCCAGAAUUAUUUAUUCAAGGCGAUUCUGUUCGACCAGGUAUUCUUGUUUUGAUAAAUGAUGUUGAUUGGGAAUUAUUAGGUGAUUUAAAUUAUGAAUUAAAACAGAAUGAUAACGUUUUAUUUGUUUCAACGUUACAUGGAGGGUAA